GAAGACUUCUUUCAGAUGAAACCUAUCGAUCUUUCAUCAUUAGUAACGACAGAACAUAUUCUUAAUACCGAUGAUUAUGAUGGAACUACGGAUGGUCUUAAAAAAUAUACACCUAUUAAAAUGAAAGCUAUUACUGCGCAUACCAAAGAAGUGGAACCAUUCGAAGAAGAAUAUGACUAUGAAAACUUUAAAAGAGAAUACGAGGAACUCAUGGGAAAAUAUACGACUGAGAGCUUGCUGUCAAAUUAUACUGAUGAAAAACAAUCGGAAAAAUAUCCUGUAGAAACACUAGAAAAAUUGCUAGAUUUCAAAAAUUGUACAGAAGCAUCAAAAAAAUUGGGUAUCAAAGCUAUAGAUUGUUUGCUGUAUAAGUAUGAACACGAACCACCUGAAAUAAAGAAGUCUGUGCAGAAAACAUGGCUAAUUAUUAAAAUUUGGUUCCUAAUUUACAUAUGUCUUGCAAUUCCUUGUUGGUGUCAAAAAGGUUGGUGUUGCUGCUGUUUUCGUUGCAAGUUUUGCUUUCCUAAUAAAAGGAUCUUAUUUGCGAAACAGUAUUAUGCAAUUAAUCCUCCAGGUACUUUAGCUAAAGAGAUUAAGAAGAAAGACAAAGAACAACAAGUUCUUACAUAUGAACCUUCUGAAUUUGAAGAAGAGGCAUUUGAACGGUUUGAGUCUGCAAUAAGGAAUAUAUAAAAAUAUUUUUCGCAUAAGUGAUUUACCUCUAUAAUUUCCUUUGCUUUGUCAUAAUCGUUUUUCCAUAAACAUUGAAUAACCAGGCUUCCUUUAGUUGCUAGCAUAAAGUUUACAAAUAAUUGUUUGUAUGCUGUAUCUUUGGUUGUUGUAACAUCCAUUGGUUGUAGUGUAUUUUUAGAUCGUUUCCUCCAUCUAUUGUGUAUUGGUUCUGAUUCUGAGCUACUAUCAGAUCCAAUUUUUAUACUGUUAGAUGUGCUAUCUUUUUGAUGAAAAAAUACAUGUUGUUUAAAACGA